AUGGCAAGACCAUUAGCAAAAAUAUGUGACAUCAAUGACAACAAAGAACUUUGGAAAGUUUCUGGUGGUGACAUACAUGUUGUUGUUCCUGCACCGCAUGCAUCUCUUUUUUCUGAAAAAAUGGUCUUGGAUCAUAGUUACACUGUUUCCAAUUUUGAGGUUCAGGCUAAUGUUGCGGCUAUCAGACCUUCGUCUCAUAAGUUUAUGUUGAAGUUUACUGCUGGCACUACGGUUACGGAUGAUAACAACGCUGAAAUACCUCCAAAGCCGUUGGUGUUUACUAGAUUUACUGAUAUAAUAAACGGCAACUUUAACAAGGAUGUGCUAAUAGAUGUCAUUGGUAUGGUGGAAAGUAUUGGGUAUUCACAGACCACAUCAGGUGCCCGGAAGCAGCAGAUUAACAUGAUGUUGCGUGACGGGGGUGAGAAUACUAUCAAUUGCACGCUUUGGGAAUCCUAUGCUGAACAAUUCAUGAAGUUCAAGCAGGAGCGCGGAGAUGAUUCUGGUCCUAUUUUUGUUAUGAUCCAAUAUGUUAAAGUCAAGGAACAGGGUAAGUUUCCACUGUCCGUGACAAACACGUUUAAUGUUACCGUCCUUGGUCUGAAUACUGAUUUGCUGCCGAUGAAAGAGUUUAUAGAAGGUAUGCUCCCUGGAUUUGCUGUUGUGUGUUUUCCGAAGGAUUCCAUGAUUACGUUGUCUGGCCAGGAGGGUUCCAAUUCACAGCUUUCAACACAGAACUCUGAAAAUCAACAGAUGACUCCUGUACAAAAAUUGCUUUCAAAGGCUGUUGUAAUGCCUAUUGGGGAUAUUAUAAAACUUAGAACUUUUCGAAGACCAAUAUGUGUUGACGAACUUUUGAAAUAA